AUGGAUACUUCUAAUCUUAUAUACGAAAGAAAAGAACAAAUAGUUGUAUAUGCGUCGUUUCCGCAAAUGAGCGAAUUGUGUUGCGUAAUUUGUGAAACUGAUUUUAUUGAAGUUCAUGAUUCCUCAUCAAAAUCAAAUUUCCAUUGGCAAACAAUCAAAUGUCGAAUGGGAAGCAGCGGCCAACUAUAUAGUCUCUCCUGGGGAGAAUUUAGUUCAUCAUUGGCUUCUGCGGUGCAGUUAUUAAGAGGUCAUGGCGAUUUGGUUGAUGUUACUCUAGCUGCUGGUGGACGCAGUUUUCCUGCACAUAAGAUAGUUCUCUGUGCAGCUAGUCCUUUUUUAUUGGACUUAUUGAAGAGUACACCAUGUCAACAUCCAGUGGUUAUGUUAGCUGGUAUAGGGGCAGAUGAUCUGGAAUCAUUGUUGGAGUUUGUAUAUCGUGGUGAAGUGAGUGUGGAACCAUCUCAAUUACCCUCGCUACUGCAAGCUGCUCACUGCCUUUGUAUUCAUGGAUUAACACCACCUACUAUAUUGACUGAAAAUGGGGAAGAAGUACCUGUAUCAGCAAUACCAACAGCAAAUGAAGCUUUAUCAAAGGAAACAAUUAGUCCAUAUUUCCCAUUAAAACGAAGAAAAAAGAGAAGAAAAUCGUCCUCGUCUUCUGGAAAAUGGCCACGCAAUACGAAUACCGCUGAUAACGAAAAUAGGACUGUAGAUGGAAGCGAUAACAAUCGAUCAGCUAAUUAUGAUCAUCAUAAAGAUGAGGAUAAUACUGAACAUGGUGAUGAAACAGCAAACGAUCGGUUGGAAUAUUCAAAUCAUCGGAGUUGUCAUUCGCCCCGUGCUCAAGAAGCGCAGCCAGUGUCGACAGAAAAUUCUCAAGCAGGACCGCAUCAAGAUCAAAUAUCGGACAAUGAAUCGCAUCUUCAUACAUUAAUGCCAAUGCAGCCAUACUCUCCGCUACAUAUACCGCAAUUUCCUGGUCCCCUAAAUAUGGGCUUCCCUCCUGGUAUGCCACUCCCUCUAGUUACUCAGGGUACAACUGCUGGAACGGCGUCUUGUGGACUUACUGGCAAUAUGAAUUUAUCUAAAAUACGUGGUGCAUCUGAUUGUCCAGGCGUUUGUCCACUCUGUGGUGCUACGUUACGACAAGCGAGAAAUUUACGUAGACAUCUGUUAUCGUCUUGCAAAUAUCGAUUUAGUAGUAACCCGGUUCAGAGUUCCCCAGCUGAUGCGAUGAUGAUAGAAAUAAAGCCUGAAGUCGAGUUGUCCAGUUACAAUGAGCAAUCUAUGACAUAUGGAACUGAUAGUGGAAGUAGUACCUGUGAGCAAAUAAUUUGUAAACCCAGUCCACUUCCUUCACCAACAUCGCACGGACCGAAUGUUGUUUCGCCUCAAAGCAACAUUCCGUCCCCGACUAUUGCUAGAUGAACG